UGGUUGACCUUCGCAAAUUAUGCCACAUUUUAGUUACGCCAUCAGUGUCAAUCAAUUGUUCCCGUGUGAACACAGUGAACACAAGCGAUGAAUUUUCGUGUGUAUGCAGAGGGGAAGGUGGGAACCCCCCUGCAAAGAUCACGUGGUAUAAAGGAAACAAAAUUAUGGCCACAGGAAUUGUAGAAGCAAAAUUAAAACUCUCAAACGUUGAUAAAGACGACAGCGGAAACUACACGUGUGUUGCUGAAAGCCAUGAGAAGGCAAAAAAUGAAACAGAAAUUGAGUUGAUUGUCAAUUAUCCACCUAAAGGUACACGUUUAAAAUUUGAUUUUGAUAAUGAAACAUCAGUUACCAUAAUAUGCGAGGCUGAUGCUCUUCCUCCACCAAAGUAUGAAAUAUAUUUCAACGGAACUACUCGGCUUCGUGGGAAAAAGACGUAUAAGAUUGAUAAAGUGACGAGUAAUUUUGUUGGAAAGUAUACGUGUGUCGCAUGGAACUUGCUUGGACGAAGUUUUUCAUCUUCCCGUUUUUUACCUGUCCAAAAACCAAAUGCUAUAACAACAGCACCAACAACUUCACUAACGGAAAGUCGUACGAGAAACAGAUAUCAACCAACGGUAUCGACCACAAGCAACGAGACUAAGCCUGCUUUAACCACGACUCCGACAGACGAUGGAACAGGUAAGAUUUCAGAAGAAUGUAAUGGUAAAACUGAAUGGUAUAUCGUCGUUGUAUCAUUGGUGUCUGGAAUAAUCAUUGGAAUUACUUUUUCUUACAUUGUUUCAUGCCAACGUCGUAAAUUCAGAAAUAGUAAAUCUCAACAAUCAAAACCUAAACCACCAAAAUCCCAAGUUGAUUCAACUUAUCAAGAACUUGAUCUUAUCAAAAUGAACCGAGAAGAUAAUUACCAGUCAUUGAGAGUGAAUGCUGCAAGAAAUGACGGUGUUGACGAUGAGUCGAAUUAUGCAGAGUUGAACAAAACGAGAGAAGUGGAAAAUAACUAUCAAUCUUUAACUUAAAAUUGGACGUUUGAUUUACAAAACGUGCCAACCAAUGCAUACGAAUCCUUAUAAAACGAUCUUUUAUACUGUACAAAUAGUGCAACAUUCUUUAUUGUGAAGUGACUA